AUGUACUACAUCACCAUCAUCGACACGGUGCUGACGCUCAUCGUGCCCUUCCUGCUACUGACGGUGAUGAACUUCAUGAUCGCCAGGUCCAUCUACCUCUUCUACGCCAGGUAUCGCCAGCAGAGAGCCUUCUGCAGGGAGGGAUACCCCAUGAGGGUGUUUAUAAAUCCCCUUCCUUCGAAGCAGAAUGGCUCGGGCAGCACUCUGCACGCCACCCAAAGCGGCAGCAACGUCAUUACGCCUGUGACGCAGAUGAGCGUGACCCGAAUGCUCCUGCUCGUGUCCACGGUCUUCAUCUUGCUCAACCUGCCCAGCUACGUCUUGCGCAUCUACGUUUUUCUGCUCUAUUUUGGCGAUGCCGAGUCCCUGGAGGCGGCCUCCGGUUCCCUGGCUUACAUCCUUCAGCGAUACUGUAUGAUUUUGUACUACACCAACUUCGCCAUCAACUUUGUCCUGUACAACGCGAGCUCCAGAAUGUUUCGCGUCACGCUGUGCGACUACGCGAGGAACCGCUGGUUGGCGUUCCGCAACUCCAUUGUUAGACUCCGGAAUACCUUGUCGCACUCUUCGACGAGUCAGAACGACGUAGUCAUCAUGUAG